AGUCCCAUCUCUCGGACUUCACAGCAAGAAAGCAACAACUUUAUUUGCAUAUCUUAUAACUUACUGUUUAUUUUUCUAUUCUCCGGUUACAGAUUAUCCAGUUCCAUCAGUUUAUAAUUAGAAAACUGUAGUUACCCUUUAGCGAUAGCUAUUUCUUGAUUUGAUUGGUCAACUAAAGAAGCACAACUUAAAAUUGGUUCUGUCCGUGAGACCCGCUUAACUCUAGUGUUGAACAGCGCAAUUAGCUUCCGAAUUUUACUAAAAUGAGGAGUUAACUACGCCUUUAAUUAGACUUUUUGUUUCCAAAACCAAUAAUCAUUCUAGUUUUUGCUUCUUGCUUUAAGUUUACUUAAGACUCUUCUUUAUCUCUGACUUAUUUCUUCUAUAAAUUGACGAAAUUCAGAGACAUGGUUGUGUUGAGAAGUGGGUAGGUCAUAGGUGGAGAAAAGAUUUUUCCGAGGAAGAUGGAGUGGCAGAAUUUUCAAGAAAAGCAACUGGAAGAAGAAGAGAUGAGAGUGGAUAUGGAGUUGGGGCAGUUUCAAAAUGGUGGGUUGUUUGUAAAAGUUAUGACUGAUGAGCAAAUGGAGCUUCUGAGGAAACAAAUUGCUGUUUACACCAUGCUUUGUGAACAGCUUGCUCAGAUGCACAAGGCCUUCUCUGUUCAACAUGAUAUUACUGGAAUGAGAUUCGGCAAUCCAUACUUUGAUCCAUUGUUGACAUCUGGUGGCCAGAAGAUCACUGCCAGGCAACGUUGGACGCCGACACCCGUGCAACUUCAAAUCCUUGAGCGUGUAUAUGAUGAAUGCACUGGUACUCCUAACAAGCAGAAGAUCCAAGAAAUAACCAGUGAACUGGCACAACAUGGACAAAUUUCUGAAACAAAUGUGUAUAACUGGUUCCAAAAUAGAAGAGCUCGUAUCAAGAGAAAGCAGUCAGGUGCUGGUUCGAACAUGGAGGAGUCAGAAGCAGACACCCAUGUUGAGUCAAAGAACAAAAACCCAGAAAGCAUCCAGUUGUUUGAGAAUUCAGCAGCAAGGGCUGAACACAUUUUUUCUCAAAGUCCGGAUAUAGGAUUUGAGCAACUAAUGGGCAAAAUGGAAGGGCCGGGUAGCUAUAGUCCUGAGUGGGAGGUGGAAGGAUACAGCAUGCUCUGAUGAUAAAAGCAUUUUAGUGAGCUGAUGGCGGUUUGCAAAACAAACUUGGAGGAUAUCAGAAUAGUCAAUGCAUUGGAUUAAAUAUUAGGGAUGACGUUUUGGGAGGAGGAGGAAGUGCAUGACCUGGUCAAUGGUCAUAACUCUCACCAGCUAUGUACAAAGUAAAUUGAUUUUUAUUUGGUAAAGACUUGUUAGAGUUUUAAACUGUAUUGUUCAUAACAUCUAAAUUCUCUAAUGUUAUAAUUUGGAUGUGCUCGGUUGAUUGCAAUUACUUAUUAUUAAUUUGAAAAUUGGGACAAUUUGUUAGGAUCCCACGUCGGGAUCUCACGCUCACAAAGUGUGUAUUUAAGUCUAGGGGCCCUCUUACUUAUCAAGCCGAUCUUUUGAGUUGGACUUUUUCUUUGAGCUUGAAUUCUAAUAUUGGUGUUUUUGUUGAGAAUUGAA